AUGCUUAUGCAAGAGAUGUCCGGUAAUCCAGGACGAGUCCGGGAGUCUGACUUUGAAUACUAUGAACGCGAGUAUUAUAAAGACCUGAAGGAUGGAUGCUAUAAACUCCAAAUCUCCAAGUCAUCAUAUAGGUGCCCCUUUUGCCUGCACAAUGAAUACUCGUUGAAUGAGCUUUUGAAGCAUGCAGUGAGAUUUGAAAGGUACUCACGGACCAUGGUAAAAGAUUUAGCUAAGCAUUCUGCUCUUCAAUUAUACAUUGAAAGGCAUCUUGAUGUCAAUAAUGGAUCAGAAAAAGUUGCCCAAGAUAGGCUAAGGAAUGCUGUCCUUGAUAAAUCAGGAAAUAUUGUACAUGAUAGAUUAAGAAAUCGUGACGAUGAUAGACCGGUAAAGAUUGUCAGUAAUAGACUGGAAACUGUCAACGAUACAUCUGAAAAUGUUGGCAAAGAACAACUAUUUGUCUGGCCUUGGAUUGGUGUUGUUGCAAACAUUGCCACGGCAUUUAAAGAUGGAAAGCGUAUUGGUGAAAGUGGUGCCAAUCUAAGGGAUGAAUUUACUCAGAAAGGAUUUCAUCCCAUGAGAGUUCAUCCGUUAUGGAACCGCAAUGGACAUUCAGGCUUUGCAAUUAUAGAGUUCUCCAAAGACUGGGAGGGUUUCACCAAUGCCAUGAACUUUGAAAGAAGUUUUGAGGCAGAACAUUGUGGUAAGAGAGAUUACUACAUUUCACGAAACCUAGGGAAAAAACUGUAUGGAUGGGUAGCCCGUGAUGAUGACUACCACUCGAAGAGUAUAAUUGGUGAUUACCUUCGCAAGACUGGAGAUUUGCAAUCUGUCUCUGAAAAGCAAGCGGAGGAGAAAAGGAAAACGUCACUGCUUGUCUCUGGUUUAGCUAAAACUUUGAAAGGGAAACAUGAGAAAUUGGAACAAGUAUGCUGCAAAUAUGAUGAUGUUAAUGUGUCCCUGAACAGAGUUAUGGAUGAGAAAGAAGCCAUGAUUGAAUCAUAUAAUAAUGAAAUUAAAAAAAUGCGUCAAGAAACCCGAAAAGAUUGGGAGAAAAUUUUUGUGGAUCAUGAAAAGGCCAGAUUGGAACUGCGUGCUCAGAGGAAAAUACUGGAGGACCGUGAGAAAGAUCUUCAGAGAUGUCGAGUGCAAAACGAGAAUAAGAGAAAAAAACUUUACCUUGAAAAGAAAAACAAUGAUAUGGCAAUGAUGGAGCAAAACAAGGCAGAUGAGAAAGUGGUGCAUUUGGCAAAAGAACACAAGAAAGAGAAGGAGAAAAUGCAUACAAAAAUUAUUGAAUUACAAAAGAAACUUGAUGCGAAACAAACAUUGGAAUUGGACAUUCAACAAUUGAAAGGAGCUCUUCAAGUAAUGAAACACAUAGGAGAGGGUGAUGCCGAAGAGAAAAGAAAGUUGGAUGCAAUUAAAAUGGAACUGGAGGAUAAGAAGGAGGAAUAUGAAGGACUGGAAGAUCUUCAACAAGCUCUCGUAGUCAAAGAACGGAAAACCAAUGAUGAGUUGCAAGAUGCCCGCAAGGAGUUAAUACGGUGGCUGGUGAAGACAAACAGUAAUCGGGCUAUUAUUGGUGUUAAAAGAAUGGGGGAGCUUGAUGAAAAGCCCUUUGUGGGAGCAGCCAAGAGAAAAUUUUCUGGUGAUGAAGCGGCUGUGAAAGCAGUGGAGUUGUGCUCACAGUACGAGGCUUAUCUUAGAGAUCCAAGCUGGUUUCCAAUUAAAGUUACAGUAGAUAAGGAAGGAAAGGCCAAGGAAGUUUUAGAUGAAGAAGAUGAAAAACUGAGAACUUUAAAGGAUGAUUUUGGUGAUGAGGUGUAUGGAGCAGUGACUACAGCUCUGAUGGAGAUGAAUGAGUACAACCCUAGUGGUAGAUACCCCAUACCGGAGAUAUGGAAUUCAAAGGAAGGAAGGAGGGCAUCGUUAAAGGAGGGUGUUUCACACUUACUGAGGCAAUGGAAAUUGCGAAGGAAGUAG